AUGAGUACAGAGGAGAAUGAUACUUCAGUUACCUACUUCAUCUUGCUAGGUCUCACGGACCAACCACACCUCAAACCACUGCUCUUCGGGAUCUUCUUGUUGAUCUACACCGUUACCCUAAUGGGUAAUUUGGGCAUGAUAAUCCUGAUCUGUACUGACCCCAACCUUCACACUCCUAUGUAUUUCUUCCUCAGUGCCCUCUCUUUCAUCGAUGCUUGUUACUCCUCAGUGGUCACCCCCAGGCUGCUAGCUGACCUCCUUGCCACAGAUAAGUCCAUCUCAUAUACCAGUUGUGUUGCACAGAUGGCUUUCCUGGUCCUCCACGGCACUCUGGAGUGCCUGAUGCUGGCUACCAUGGCUUAUGACCGGUAUGUAGCCAUCUGUCAUCCCUUUCUCUACCACCAACUCAUGUCCAAGACCACACGUGUGAAAUUAGUGGCAGCUGCCUACACCUUGAGCAUUACCAAUGCAGCAGUGCAGACCCACAAUGUCUUCCGGCUGCCCUACUGUGGCCCCAACCUUGUCAAUCAUUAUUUCUGUGACAUCCCUCCAGUCCUGCAGCUUGCUUGUGCUGACACUGGCCAAGCCAGAAAAGUCCUCUACAUCUUCUCAGCAUUGGCCACAGUCACCACAUUUUUGGGUAUUGCAAUCUCCUAUGUCUACAUCUUGGUCACUGUUAGCCGGAUGAGCUCCGCAGCAGGCCGGCAGAAAGCCCUCUCCACCUGUGCUUCCCACUUCACAGCCAUCACCUUGUUCUAUGGCACAGUCUUCUUCAUGUACAUCAAGCCCAGCACAGAGAAUUCCAUGGACCAGGACAAAGUCGUGUCAGUGUUCUACUCCAUCGUCAUCCCUAUGCUGAACCCGCUGAUCUACAGCCUGAGGAACAAGGAAGUCAAGGAGGCCGUGAAGAAAAAGAUCUAUGGAAAGAGACUUACACAGUAG